ACUAGUGGUUAGGUUACUUUGACUAUUACAUGGAGAGUUUCAAUCCGUCUGACCUGCCUCAAUAUUAAGUCGGUAACAGAUAAAAAUGUGUCGCCAACUUAAAAUGAUGUUCAUGCAAGCAAAUUGAUUAAAAUAGGGAUAUAAAAAAUGUUAAGUAACAGUAGCUUCCAUGUUUACUAAUUAGCUUCUCUUCCCUUAAAAUACCCCUGUUACAAUAUUUAAUUUAAAAAUGGUCUGUUAUAAAACUCUAAACAAACAAGCUUACUGGGGGGACGUAUUUACUUGUGUAUGUGUUUGCAAUUCACUUGUACUUGUCUAUAAUACAUUUUUUUUUUUUUUGGUGACCAGGUUUAAGAUGAGCAUCACUGACCUCCUCAGCCCUUCUGCUAUUGCUGCUGCCCUGAGGGACUGCCAAGCCCCUGAUUCCUUCAGCCACAAAAAAUUCUUUCAGCUCAGCGGAAUGUCCAAAAAGAGCAGCAGUCAGAUCAAGGAUAUCUUCCGGCUCUUAGACAAUGAUCAAAGCGGCUUUAUUGAGGAAGAUGAACUCAAGUAUUUCCUCCAGCGGUUUGAGUGCGGAGCCAGAGUAUUAACUACUUCAGAAACCAAGACUUUUUUGGCAGCUGCAGAUCAUGAUGGGGAUGGCAAAAUUGGGGUUGAAGAAUUCCAGGAAAUGGUGCUCUCCUGAAGGACUGAAGGCAACAGAGAAAGAAACAGAAAGGGGAGGGGGGAAUGAAUCUCCAAGAAAUGAUACUCUAAAACUCUGUAAAUCAGAGAGUCCCCUUGUUUAUUUAUUAAAUCUUCACAGUGUCUGUUAUUUGUUUGCUGCUCUAAUGAGGUACCAAAGCACCAGUUAAUAAUGAUUUUUGGUAACGUGGACCAUUUUACCAUGUUCUAGGAACACAUUUCAGCAGACACUGCCCUUAAAAUUAUCCAAUAAAAAUAAAUUUCUCAU